AUGAUAGGAUACACCUACAAUCAGCACACUUUCGCCAAACUUCUAAGGAGAUUAGAAGACAUGCGAUGCAGCAGUUUUUACGACAUCCAAGAGUAUCGAGAAGAACAUCUUAGGAUCAUUGAACGGUGUGACGCUUGCAUCAGCGCCCCGAGAAAGCUCAGCGAUUACGAAAAGGAAGAACUAUUCGUAGGAGGGCUUACGACCUGGAUGCGUGACGAAUGGAUACGCGCAGGAAACCAAGACAUGGAGGUGAAAAUAGGAAUUAUUGCCCAAUUAGAAAGACAUCGAGCAAAAGGAUUCGAGCAAAAGGGUACCACCUACAAAGAGGUGAAGAAAUACUGUCCCAAACACAAGUCCUAUACACAUUCAGCACGGGAGUGCUUUAGUGAAGGAUGCGGUCGGACACAAGGACAUGCUGACAAAGACAAAAGCAGCAGCCAAUCCCAGAAUAAGGAAAAGCGGAAUAGCAAGGAAACCUUAGGGAUGAUACUCGAGAGAAGGACAGAGUGCCGGAAACUUGAAGUAAUGGGAAACCAUAACGGUCAGGAACUGAGGAUAGUUCUAGACACGGGAACACGGUUAUCAUACAUUAACCGAGACGUAAAGGAAAGAAUGAAACUAGAAGGAAAACCAAGAGAAGGCUUAAUACAUAUGGCCAAUGGUAAAGAAGAAACCAUAAAAGAAGGCGUUGACAUACGCUUAAGCUUUACUGAAGUACCACAUACAGAGUACAAGGUAAAAGCACUCGUGAUGCACAAUUUAUUCGGAGAACUAGUACUAGGACUCGAUUUCAUGUGCAAUAACGAAGUUCGAAUGGACUUAAAGAACGGCAUAGUAGUACUAGACGGAUACGAGCUAGACAUACUAGAGUUCCGUAAGGGAACGGAGGCCAGUCCAGAGGACUUACUUGUCGAUCGUUUAGGAGGGAUCGAACAAGAAGAAACCCUUGAUUCAAUAGUAGAGGAAUUCAAAGGAAAAAAUCCAGCAGUUGGAUUAUUUAGUGGGGUUGAACACAAGAUACAACUCCCCACAACAACUCCUAUACAGUGCAAACCAUACCCGUUACCAUACAGGGUAGAAGAAGAACUGAAACAGCAAGUAGAAGAACUAAUAAGACUUGGAAUAGUUGAGAAAAGUACUGGAAAGUACGCCAGCCCAAGUUUUGCAGUAGUCAAGAAGAACAGUAGUUUAAGAUUAGUGACGGAUUUCCGUAAACUAAACGCAAUCACGGUUAAGGAAACUUUUCCUUUCCCAAAUGUAAAGGAUCAGUUAGUUGGACUAAAAGAUGCAACAGUGUUUACGCAGAUCGAUUUGGACAAAGGAUUUUACCAGAUCAAACUAGCAAAGCAGGACAAACACAAAACAGGAUUUGUAUUACCGUUUGGACACUUCCAAUAUCGAAGAGUACCAUUUGGAAUGGCAAAUAGCCCACGUUCCUUCCAACGCGCAAUGGAAGAAAUGAUAGGAGAUCUAGAGUUUGUUAAGAUAUUUGUGGAUGAUAUCUUAGUCUUUAGCAGGAACACAGAAGAACACAGUAAACACGUACGCACCGUUCUGACUAGACUCAAUGAGAAUGGGGUCAAAGUCAAUUUCGCCAAAAGCAACUUUGGACAGAAAACAGUAGAAUAUUUAGGAAUGAAGAUUAGCGGAGAAGGAAUAAGAGCAAAUGGAGAAAAGGCAGCAUUAGCACGCACUUUAUCACCACCGCACAACGUCAAGGAAUGUAGACGAUUACUAGGGUUACUGAAUUGGUUCAGAGAUUUCGUACCAAAAUUGAGUGAGCGCAUAGCGCCUAUCAGUAACAAAACCAGGAAAGAAGAAAAGCCCUUUAAAUGGACUGAAGACGAUGAAAGAAUUCGCCAAGGAAUACUGAAGGAGAUCGAACAGGAAACCAUGCUACAUCACGUGGAUCUGAACAGAUCGUUCACUUUAUUCACCGAUGCUUCAGAGAAAGGCAUUUCAGGAGUAUUGAUGCAAACAGGAAAAAUCGUAGGGGUAUUCAGCAGGAAACUCCAUGAUUCAGAAUUGCACUAUACCAUAGUAGAAAAGGAACUAUACGCAAUAGUGAAGGCAUUAGAGCACUUCAAGAAGAUGGUUUGGGGUACGCCAGUUACCGUCAAAACCGACAGCCGCAAUGUGAGCUGUAUGAAAGAAGGAACAUCGACAAGAAUAGGACGAUGGAACAUGCUACUCAACGACUAUAACCUACGAGUCGAGCACAUCGAGGGGGGUAAGAACAGUCUUGCAGACUAUUACAGUCGCGAGGGAGUAUACGGACUAAUGGAAAAACACCAGGGACACGAGGCCAGCAACGAGCUAUUACGCAUCUUAGCGGCACAUCAAAGCACCCAUGAGGAGUUCAUUAAGUACCAAUUGGAAGAAACCAAUGAAAAAGGAGUCUUCAACGAUAAGUUAGGAAGAAGACACGUACCGGACGCAGCAAGGCUAGCAGUCUUAGAACAGGUACACCGGCAAACAAUGCACGGAGGAGAGAAUCGAAUGAGAUACUCAAUCGACAGAUAUUUACACAUAGGCGAACUACAGCAAGGCCUAAAACAAGUAAACAGCGAAUGCGAAGAAUGCUUACGCAACAAAGUGAAGAGGACUAAUUAUGGAGCCGUACACACCGGAAUAACAGGGUUUAGGCACAAUGAAGUCAUCAGCACCGAUUUAAUCGGGCCAUACAACAAGAAGAGUGAAGGAAGCGUGAGGAAAAUAUGGAUACUCGUAGUAAUCGACUUAUUCAGUCGAUACGUCCACCUCAGCAAAGUCGAAAAGAUCGACGGUAUAACGAUCGGAAAAGGAUUAGAAAAUGGAUGGAUCAAGAAAUUCGGACCACCAAAGAAAAUACUAACAGAUAAUGGAUUAGGAUAUUCCAGCAAAGAAGUUCAACAAGUGUAUGCGAGACACGGAAUUGAAAGACUGCACUUAAGUCCAUAUAACCCACAGGGUAAUGGAAUAGCAGAACGCAUUAAUCAACUAGUGGGACUAGGAAUGCGAAUACAUCGGUCACAGCCGAUUGGAAGAACGCUAAGGACAAUAGCGGAAGGACUGAACAACAGCUAUAGUCGAACGACAGGUUGGUCAGCAAAUGAAAUGGUGUAUCAAUACAGCCCUUUCAAUCUCACCCAAAAGGAAAUCUCGAUAAACCAAGGAGAAGUGAGAAAACGAAUACAGAAAGCAAAAGUAGCAAGCAUGGAGCAACAGAACAAGACCAGAGUAACAUCCCACGAGUGGAGACUAGGGGACACUGUGAUGCUUAAGACUACAGGCAUGAACGGAAAGUUAGGAGAACGACAAUCUGGACCUUACACCGUAAUAGGAUUAGGAGCUCAAGGGACGGCACUACAGGUGGAGAACCAAAGAGUGCGACGUUGGGUAAACCAGAGGUUGGCUCUGCCAGUGAGGAGGUAUGAUGUGGUAAAAGGGUCAUGA